CCAUAAUACAUUAAAUGUUGAAUGCAUCCUCGUCGAGUCUUGAACAAAGAAGAUUUCGACGACAAGUACCAAGUGAAGAAACAUUCUUAGGUAUCUACAUACUCAUAUCUGCUGUACCACCUUCCCAAGAGAAAUUACCCCACCAUCCCUAGCUACAUAUUUACUCCCUUCGGAAAGUCAACAUUAAGCGCCCACUCGAGAAAGUCCCUUUCCGCCUUAACCGCCUACACAAACAUCAGUCUUGCAGCUACUUGAGCUGAUAUGAGGUCGCCGUCCCAUCCCAAGCCGCGCCUGGGUAAUUCUUGGGUCGUGGAUGAUUAUGACGAUGAUUACAGCUUGGACGACGAGAAUGAAGAUGCACGUUCGGCAACAUUAAGGCAUUCACCGAAACGCCGUACUCGCACCAACAAUAAAGGCACAAUUUCCCCUGAACCAGAAUUGGUUAUGCCCUCGUUGGAUAUAGAUUCGCUUGAUGGGUCGUGGGCCGAGUCAACAUCGACUUCAAGACAUCGCAGUAAUCAUCGACCCAGGGAAACAACUCGCAGGUCCCCUCGCACCUAUACCGACAGCCCUGACAAACGGAAUCAAAGGAAACUCGCCACAAACAAUCAGCAGUCAGCUUCUUCGCAUCCAUUAUCUUCUUCCGAAAACACAGAUACUCCCCCAAACAUUAUAGAAUUAUCCAUCCAGAAUUUCCUCGGCAUGUCGUCGUGGUUCUUGGAUGUGCUUUGGGGAGCACUUCGUAUUCUUAAAACGCCAAUAUCUUACCUUCUAGCGAUAUGGUUUCUGUUCGGAGCUAUGAUUAUGAUGCGGAAUCUGGUUACGACCUCAAUACAGGCCUCCUUGAGUCCAAUCUGUCGGAUCCCAGGAGUGACCUUACUCAACCUGCCUUUUUGUCCCGUCUAUCAGGGAGGUCCAAAUUCGGGUCCUCCGCCUCCAGUUGAAUUUCAGCAGCUGAUUACGGUCCAAUCCGACUUUGAAAAGGUGUUGGAGCAGAGCGCUGGUGGUGCUUCCUUGCCUUUGGAUAUGAAAAGGGGAGAGUCAUCUAUCAGAGAUUUACGACAGCUUGUCCGUUAUAGUUCUCUUAUGUCAAAGUAAGUCCUAUUUUCUCAUGGGAGCCACCAUCCUUCUUCGGUGAUAGUCGUCUUCAUUACGCGAGACCUUCCGGAAAAUUGUUACCGUUGGCCGAGUGGGGUUUGGGAUUGAAAUUCGGAAUGUUGAAAUUCUCCUAAAUGUUCUUGAGCAAUGGUUUUGAUUGAUUCAACUAUCUAGCAUAAUUCUUUGUGAAGCAGCUGCCCCAGACCAACGGCUGGCUUCUUUUAAUCAAACUAUUGUAAUAUUCUACGACCGUUUACUAACUCCUCAUUAGGGAUUCUCUCGUAUUAGAAUUUGAUUCGUUCAUAGGUACUUGUUAUUCUUUUCUUUUCUCUUCUUCUUCGAGCUGUCUUCAUUUCAUUUAAGACUGUCUUGAAACUCUAAUUAUUACUGGUAUUAGCAAUGCUGACCGCGAUGUUUUUUAUGCAGAAACUGCUCGUAUUGCCUCAUAUGACCUGCAAAGGUUCAAUUCGCACAUUGGCCGAGCUGUCGAUAACGUCAUUUCCACUACUCGAUGGACCCGUCGGGUCUUGGGUGGGAUUGAUCAGGAAUCAGCUGGCCGAGGCUCAGUUAGUGCUUUCGUCAACGAUAAUUUCAUCGCACCUUUUCAGCCUCCCAAGUUCACGGAACAAAUUCUCCUGGAUCAAUAUAUCAAGCACACACGAAGUGUGGAGGACGAAAUCUUCAAGUUGAUUGAAGAAGCUCAAACCCUUCUCAUGAUCCUAAAUAAUCUUGAAGAUCGACUCGAAGUAAUUCACGGAAUAGCCACUCAAGAAGAUGGCCAUUUGCAGAUUGCAAAGGAAGAAACCCUUGGCACUCUGUGGGCUAUGGUUGGUGGGCAUAAAACCAAACUGAAUAAAAUGGAUCGGCAGCUGGGUUUACUGUCGUCUGUUACCAAUUAUCGCAAAAAGGCACACGCUCAUGUUGCCGGUACGGUCUUGAGACUUCAGGCUAUGGGAGCUGGUCUUGAAGACUUGCGUGAACGAGUGGGUAGUCCCGAGCUACUUCGCGAUCGAGCAGAGAUUCCACUCUCGGUGCAUAUCGAGAAUAUCCAGAGAGGUGUUGAAAGAUUAGAGGAACAACGCCUGAACGGAAGAAGGAUUGAGAAUGACCAUAUCAGAGAGACCUUGGAGCGUGUACAAUCGCCCGGGUCUUCAGAAGGAGUUUUGAUUGACGGAUAG